CUGCAACACCAUCGGCACGCCCCGAGCCCGCGGCGGUGCUCCGCAGCGGCAGCGGAGCGCGGGCCGAGAGGGCGCCGGCGCGCGCCCCUGGCGCGGGCGCUGGGGCUCUUAUCCUGGCCGCGCGCGGGAGGCACCGGCAGCUCGGGAGGCAGAGGCAGCGCGAGGGAGCUCAACGACGGCAAGCUCGACCUCGCCGCCCCCGAGGACGUCCAGGUCGUCUGCGCGCCGCCCUUUGUGUACCUCGCCCAGGUCCAGCGCGAGCUGCGGGGCGACUUCGAGGUCGGCGCACAGGACGUGUGGCCGCAGCCCCCAGGCGCGUGGACAGGUGAGAUCCCGGCCAUGAUGCUCGCGGACAUGGGCGUGCGGUGGGCGAUUGUGGGCCACAGCGAGCGCCGCGAGAACUGCGGCGAGACCAACGACGUCGUGGCUCUGAAGGCGCGGUGCGCGGUCGACAACGGGCUCAGGGCCAUGGUGUGCGUCGGGGAGCGGCUGGAGGAGAGGGAGGCCGACAAGACCUUCGACGUCCUGGACGAGCAGAUGAGCCACAUCGCGGGGGCCCUCGCGGAGGCGGACUGGGAUCGGGUUGUCCUCGCCUACGAGCCUCGCUGGGCCAUGGGCACAGGCAAGGUGUCAACGCCGGAGCAGGCGGAGGAGGUGCACGCGUACUUGCGCCAGUGGCUAAAAGACCGCGUGUCGGAGAAGGUCAGCGACGCCGUCAGGAUACAGUUCGGCGGCCCCGUCAACCAGUUCAAUAGCCGGGAGCUCUGCUCCAAGCCGAACAUCGACGGUUUCCUCGUGGGCGGUGCGUCUCUCAAGGCUCGGGCGUUCCUGUCCAUCAUCAACUCUGUGAAGGAGGUGCUCCAGACCUGCGGCUCGUGA